UAGUGUCGGACACUUCCGCCCCGCAGGAUGGAGCGGAAGUUGGCAGAAUGGCGAGCCCGGCAGGAGUUGGAGAGUCCGCCGGAGGACAGCGGGUUUCGGGGAGGUCGCGGAGUUUUCAGCGCUUUGUUGGCGAAGCUCCGGUUCCCGAAGAAUGAGGUAAAGGAAGGAAUUGACCACAACUGGUGCCAUGAGAGAUCUCUAGCAGAACCUGUUGAAUCUGAUCACUCUAUCUUCAAUGCCGUGACAAUCCUGAAAUUCCUGCUCUGGCUGGUCCUACUUGGCCUCUUCAUUGAGCUGGAGUUUGGCCUGGCAUUUUUUGUGCUGUCAAUGUUUUAUUGGAUCUAUGUUGGGACCCGAGACCCAUCCAAAAAGAAGCGAGGUGAAGUUAGUGCAUACUCUGUGUUCAACCCUGGCUGUAAGGCUAUUGAAGGCAGUCUGACAGCAGAGCAGUUUGAGCGAGAACUUCAGUACAGACCUUUAGCUGGCAGGUGACUAGCCUGUGAAAUAUUUUUGUUUUAUUAUACUAAAUGUUCAUUGGGUUUAUAUUAUCCCUGAUAUUCAGUGUGUUGCCGCAGUCUCUCAUGUUACAUAGGUCAGUGCUCAGCAGUGGUUUACACACUGCAGACUGUCCACAUGUGACAUGGACAUGGUAAUAUUGAAAUACAAAAGAAAGGCAACAAUAAAAUUGACAUUCUCAUUUACAAAAACAGUUUGUUUAAUAGCAUUAAAUGUAUUUUCUUGUAAUUCUGUCCUUUAUCUCAAGACUAAUACUGGAAUAUUCUGCAGGUCGCAUUGUACAUUUAGUUUUUAAAUAAAUGUGCCAAAUUAAAUGAUAUUUAAUGCCCUAAAACUUGUUGAGAAAAAUCUAGUUGUCCUGCAUUCUGCCCUCCAUUUAGUUCUGUUUUACUGCACAGGUUGGGUUACAAAACAGGAAUAAAUCUUAAAUUCACCGUCUUAAGAUCUUAUAAAUCAUGAAUAAAACCUGGACAAUGUAUUGCUGUUACCAAGCCCUGCACCUAGAUUUACAUCUAUCAUGUUCUUCCUAAUAAUUACAUAUAGUAAACUACAGGCUUACAUUUUUCAAAGCACAUUACAUUAAAUUGUUGGUCACUGGA